AUGCCGCCGCAGCACGCGAACGACUCCGCCGACGCAGCGGCGGCGGCUGCCGGCGCCGCGGCGGCGGCUCUGAUGGGGGCCUCCGCUUUGGACUUGGAGGACGAGGAACAGGAAUACGAGGGCGAAGAAGGGGGCGAACAGAUUCAGGACGGGAGGUUCUACGAGGUGGUGUUCGAGACCGCCCAGCUGGGAAUCGUCCUUCUCAGACAGGUGGCGGGCAUGCCGACGUCUUGCCUGUCGUACGACGGAGUGGUGGACAGAAUUCGCGCCAGCCCUUGCCCUAUCAGCUUGAGGUUUCGCCGAGCAUUGUUCAAGAGCUGGUGGGGGCGAGAGUACACUUUGGACCUGUCAUACUGGGACGGUCACCGCCUCGAUGGUAUCCUCCUGGUCGGCGGGGGGGCGGGAGAUCAAGCGGUCGUGGGCUCUGUCGACGGUUUCAGGCCUAGGAAACGGCGACUGGGAUGA